CGGAAGAGCGCCUGAACCCCUUCUCGUCUCUUAGACUUGGUGGCUCUAGAACGUCCUGCCUGCCUCGAUUCGCUGAUGGGACCACCGCCUGUCGCGCAUCGAGCAUCUGCAUCAUGGCCGGGGAAUCUGCGAAGCCAGCCACAGGCCCGCGGCCCAAUUUCCUGAUCAUCGUGGCCGACGACCUGGGCUUCUCGGACGUGGGCGCCUUCGGCGGGGAGAUCAAGACGCCCAACAUCGACGGCCUGGCUCGGGGCGGGCUCAGACUCACCGACUUCCAUGCCGCCGCGGCGUGUUCGCCGACGCGGUCCAUGCUGCUGAGCGGCACAGACAAUCACAUUGCCGGGCUGGGGACGAUGAUCGAGGCAAUCAAAGAGUUCCAGGUGGGACAGCCUGGCUACGAAGGAUACCUGAAUGACCGGGUCGCGGCCUUGCCCGAGCUUCUUCGCGACGCCGGCUACUUCACUCUGAUGUCGGGCAAGUGGCAUCUCGGCAUGACGCCGGACCGCUAUCCGUCCAGGAGAGGGUUCGACCGGUCGUUCAGCCUACUUCCCGGUGGUGCCAAUCAUUACGGGUGGGAGCCGCAGGUGCAGGAGAAGGUGCCCGAUCUGCUGGAGCGCAACGGCCCCUUCUACGCUGAGGACGACAAGCCGGUCCCAGUUGCCGGCUUGGGUCCGGAGUUUUACUCGUCAGAGUCCUUCACGUCGAAGCUUCUGCAGUACUUCGACGAGCGGAGCGAGGAGCAAAAGCAGAAGCCUUUCUUCGCCUAUCUGCCCUACUCCGCGCCUCACUGGCCCUUGCAAGCACCGGAAGAGGACCGCCGAGAUUAUCGAGGGGUCUACGAUGAAGGCCCUGACGUGUUGAGAGAGAAGCGGCUACGACGUCUCGAGGAACUCGGGAUCAUUUCACCAGAGACCAAACCUCACGAGGUAUUCGCCCUUCCUCUCGAUAAGCCCCUGAGCAAAGAAUGGAAGGACUUGACUGAGGAUGAGAAGAAAUUCUCUUCGCGGACCAUGGAGGUGUUCGCAGCCAUGGUGCAGAACAUGGACCGGAACAUUGGGCGUGUCAUUUCCUAUCUCAAGUCAAGCGGCGAGUACGAUAACACGUUGGUCCUGUUCAUGUCCGACAACGGCGCCGAGGGCCUGCUGCUGGAGGCGUAUCCGGUGGUGAAGGAGAACAUCUUCGACCACAUCGAUCGAUAUUACGACAAUAGCUAUGAGAACAUGGGCCGGUAUAACAGCUACAUCUGGUACGGUCCGCGGUGGGCGUCUGCGGCGAUGGCCCCGCUGAGACUUUACAAGUCCUUCUCGUCAGAGGGCGGGAUUCGGGUGCCGUUCAUUCUCAGAUAUCCUCCAUUGACGUCGUCACGGGCCGGGCAGCUUGAUCGAUCCUUUGCGACCGUGAUGGACAUUGCCCCGACUCUGUUGCAAUUAGCUGGCACUCAACAUCCGGGAACCACGUAUAAAGGCCGCGCCGUCGUCCGUAUGCGCGGCACAUCCUGGGUUCCGUACCUGUCCGACCCCGCGAAACAACACCAUAUCCAUGGCGACGACUCGGUCAUGGGAUGGGAGCUAUUCGACCGCCAGGCUCUCCGGAAGGGGAAAUGGAAAGCCGUCAUGAUUCCGAAGCCCUUUGGACCGGGGAGAUGGCAGCUGUACAACCUGGAGAAGGACCCCGGCGAGACGGACGAUCUGGGCGCAAGGCACCCCGACAAGCUGCAGGAGCUGCUCAGGCAUUGGGACGAGUAUUGCAAGGAGGUCGGCGUUGCUGGCGCGGCGCCGCAAUAUGGAGUGCUCAAGGUCGAUGAAGGCGGAGGUGCUCCUUAGGCGGCUGCGGCGGCGAAGGACCAAGAACCCCUGAGAUAGACUUCUAAGGGCCACCCGGCGCAAUUCUGGCUUAGAGAGUGCUGCAUCGGCGGGCCGGUAGUGUUUUGAAUAGUGACAACUUUGGCAUGGCGGAAUCCCGAAGUGCAAAGAUCCAGGGCUUGGAUGUGACAGAAUGAGGGUCAGGGAUAGAUAAGCUCACCGGUCUCUGCCUGUAUUGGUCGUGAAUGAUAGAUAUUCACUGAACAGGAUUCGAUCCCAC